AUGGAUUUGGUCCGUUCUCAUCAUAUUGAUGUUAUGUUUGUGUGUGAGCCAAGAAUUAGUGGUUCGAAGGCUUUGGUUGUGAUAAAAUCGUUGAGGUUUUCUUGUUUUGAAGUAAUUGAUCCAGAGAAAUUUUCUGAGGGUCUCUGGCUUUUAUGGAAUGAUGCUAAAGUUAAACUGGAUAUUAUUGGUACUUCAGAUCAAUCUAUCUCCGCUUGUCUUUCUUGGCAAGGUCAGAAGCCUUGGCUUUUCUCUGCUAUUUAUGCAAGGCCUUGUAAUGUUAAGAAAGAGAAGUUGUGGGAGUAUUUGAAUUUUGUUGCCAGUUGCCACCAAAUGCCAUGGCUAUUGGCUGGUGAUUUUAAUGAUAUUCUCCAAGUUGAGGAUAAAGUUGGAGGUGUUUCUUUAUGCAAAUUGACUGGUAUGAAAAAGUGGUUUGAUGCAAACAGUAUGAUUGAUCUUGGGUUCUCUGGUCCUAGGUUUACUUAG